AUGGAAGACACAGGUUACACUCUAGAUGGCACAGUGAAUCUUCGUGGCAGGCCUGUGCUUUCUUCUAGAACUGGGAAACGAAGAGCUUGCAAUUUCAUUCUUGUUUACCAAGCAUUGGAAAGAUUUGCCUACUAUGGGGUUGGUGCCAAUUUGGUGAAUUAUAUGACAACCGAACUCCACAAGGACUUGGUACCAUCAAUAACCAGUGUGAAUAACUGGUCAGGCUCAUCAUGGAUAACUCCAUUACUAGGUGCUUACAUUGCAGAUUCUUACUUGGGCCGUUUUUGGACAAUCACUUUAUCGUUGAUCAUAUAUGCUACAGGACUUGCGCUUCUGGUGUUGACAACUUCGCUGAAGUGCUUGAAACCAACAUGUACGAAUGGAAUUUGCAAAGAAGCAUCUAACAUACAACUAACAUUAUUCUAUUUAUCAAUAUACAUUAUUGCAAUUGGAAGUGGAGCAGUGAAACCCAACAUGUCAACUUUUGGUGCUGACCAAUUUGAUGAUUUCAAACCCAGAGAGAAAGAGCUUAAAGUUUCGUUCUUUAACUGGUGGUCGUUUAACACUGCCUGUGGCACUUUAGCUGCCACUUUGUUUGUUGUGUACAUUCAAGAGAGAUUUGGAUGGGGAUUGGGUUAUAGCAUUUCAGCAAUUGGUAUUCUACUUGCCUCUUCUGCCUUCUUUAUGGGCACCCCAAUAUAUAGACAUAAACCAAGAAAGGGAGAGAACCGUACAAUGGACUUCAUCAGAGUCCUGAUUGUUGCUUUCAGAAAUAGAAAACUCCAGCUUCCUAGUUGCCCUUCAAAACUGCAUGAGUUUGAGUUGAAACAUUAUAUUAGUAGUGGAAGACGACAAAUUCAUCACACUCCUCGUUUCAGGUUCUUAGACAAGGCUGCAAUAAAAGAAAGCAGAACAGAAGUCUCAAAUCCCCCAUGUACAGUGACUCUAGUAGAGGGAACAAAGCUUAUUUUAGGAAUGCUUCAGAUAUGGUUACUUAUGCUAAUUCCUAGCAACUUCUGGGCAGUAGAAGUAACCAUGUUUAUCAAGCAAGGCACAACAAUGGAGAGGAGCCUUGGCCACAACUUCCGUGUACCAGCAGCCUCCCUUUGGAGCUUUGUAGUAGUCACCAUGCUCAUUUGUCUCCCCAUUUAUGACCAUUUCUUUGUACCAUUCAUGCGUCAAAAAACCGGCAACCAUAGAGGAAUCAAAUUGCUUCAAAGGGUUGGCAUAGGAAUUGGCGUCCAAGUCAUAGCUUCUACAAUCAUUUAUGCUGUAGAAAUUCGAAGAAUGGAUGUCAUAAAGAAGGAACACAUAGUUGGAACUGAAGAAACAGUUCCUAUGAGCAUAUUCUGGCUCUUGCCUCAACAUGUUCUACUUGGUAUUGCCAACACAUUCCUUAUCACUGGCUUGCUAGAAUUCUUCUAUGAUCAAUCACCAGAAGAAUUGAAAGUCUUAGGCACAACCUUCUUCACCAGUACCAUAGCUGCUGGUAACUACUUUAACAGCUGUCUAGUGGCUAUGAUAGAUAAAUCAACAAAGAAGAUCGUUGGUAAGAGCUGGAUAGGCAACAACCUCAAUAAUAGUCACCUUGAUUACUUUUAUGCCUUUCUUUUUGUGAUAUCUGCACUUAAUUUUGGGGUCUUUCUGUGGGUAUCAAGUAGAUACAUUUACAAGGAAGAAAAUACAACAGAGGUGAAUGAUAUUGAGAUUUUGAGAGCCGAGGAGAAUGAACUACAGUUAGUAAAAGCUUGA